GCGUCGUCGACGAUCUUAGGCCACGGAUUGGCGGGCAAUGACGCGGAGCCGACGCCCAAUAAGUUGCGGCGAAUGGAUGAGAUGGAAAAAGUGCGCAAAGAGUUCGCCGCCCGUUUGGAUGCGCCCAAAAUUAAGAAACCAUUGCCGCCGACAGCCAUCUCACUCGUGUCCGGCGAUUCGUCCGCCACUUCGCUCAGGGAUGCCAUGGGUUCCGAUCAGAUCGCGGCUCUUAAGGCAAAACGUUUGGCCAAAAAGAGGAGUACAAUCAUCGACGCCGACACCGACUUAGAGGGCAAUCAAAAUCAGAGUGGUGCAAUGAGUGGACCGACACAAUUGCAUUCAGUGCUUCUUCAAUACGAUUCUAACUUCACUCGAGAGAUACAGAAUAAAGAGAGGAUUUGGAGGAAUAG